AUGUGUUGCUCCAACCCUGCGUUCUACAUAAGUGUCUACGUUCUCGCUGUUAAUCUAUUCGGGCUAUACCUUAGAUUUGUGUACUUUCACAACUACUUUGAGUGCUUCGCUUGUCGAGAGCUGGAUUUCAAGGACCAGGCCUACGAUUACAUUGUAGUCGGGAGCGGCUCAGCUGGAAGCAUCGUCGCUCGAAGACUCGCCGAAAACCCCAGCGUUAAAGUUUUGCUAAUUGAAGCUGGGGCUAGCGGAAAUGGCAUUUUGCAAAUCCCGACUGUUAGUCUCAUGCUACAAGACUCGGUUUUUGACUGGCAGUACCGAACGGUGCCCCAGAAACAUGCCUGUUUGGGGCUUGACAAAAAAGUAAGUCAUUGGCCCAUGGGGAAGAUUCUGGGGGGCACGGCGAUGUUAAAUAACAUGAUUUACGUCCGGGGACACCCCCAAGACUUCGCCGAGUGGUAUAAAGAUUCCUGUAAUUUCAACUACACGAUCGACGUUCUUCCCUACUUCAAAAAACUGGAAAGCAACGAAACUAACAAGCACAAAUGUUCAGUUUUCGUGGAGGAUAUGCCGUUUAAGUCGAACUUGUCGGAUUAUUUUCUGCAAGCCGGGUUGUGUCUCGGCUUUGGCCUAUCAGACGGGGUGAACUCAGAGCCUGGUUUUUCGGCCACUAAAGUAACAAUGCGUAACGGCCAGCGCUGGACGCCUUACCACCAAUUAGAAAAAACCAAAAAACGCAAUCUAGUCGUCAUAACUAACUCUCUAGUCGAAAAAGUCCUCUUAAAAUCCAACUACGAGGCCUACGGUGUGAAAUACACCCACUUGGACGAAACCUACUACGUCCGUGCCACCAAGGGUGUGAUUCUAUCGGCCGGCGUGAUCGGCUCCCCAAAAAUCCUCAUGUUAUCGGGCAUUGGCCCCAAAAAACACUUGGAGAAAUUAAAAAUAGCCCCCAGACUUGACCUACCAGUCGGCGACAACUUGCAAGACCACGUAACCACCGGACUGGACCUCAUCACGCUGGAAGCGCCCCCCGACAUGGGCCUGCAGCAAAUGCUGUCGCCGUGGAGCGCUAGCAGGUAUUUUCUGUGGGGGGAGGGCCCCUGGACCAGUCCAGGGUGCGAGAGUGUCGGGUUUUUCAACAGCGAGGACGGGAAAAUCCCCGAGUUGCAGUUCAUGAUUCUGCCGUAUGGGGCCGCCAUUGACGGGGGCUCCUACUUAAGGGGGCUGGUGGGAAUCGGGGAGAGACUCUGGGAGAGGUAUUUUCGGCGAGUGAACGGCUCGACUAUGACCGUGCUCCCGGUUGUUUUGCACCCGAAAAGUCGGGGGACCGUGAGGCUCAAAAGUAAAGACCCCAGAACGCCGCCUUUGAUUGACCCGAAUUAUUUGGCGGAGGGGUACGAUGUUGAUAUUCUUUUGGAGGGGAUUGAGCUGGUUAAGGAGUUUUUGGAGACGCCGCCAAUGCGCCGCCUGGGGGCUAAGCUGAACGCGGUCAAGUUCCCCGGUUGUGAGGGACUUGAGUUUGAUACUAGACCCUAUUGGGUGUGUUAUGUCCGCCAUUUUACGUUAUCAAGUUACCACCCUGUUGGUACGUGCGCUUUGGGGCGCGUGAUUGACGAGGGGUUUCAAGUCAAAGGCACCAAUAAAUUGUACGUUGUUGACGGGUCGGUUUUGCCCAGCUUGCCCAGCGGUAACCCCCAGGGGGCUAUCAUGAUGAUGGCGGAGCGCGCGGCUGAGAUAAUCAAGCACCACUGCUGGUUGAGUCAGAGGCGGUGCUGCUCGUCCGACGUGUUCCAAGACCAGUGCAGCUGUUACUAAUUGUAAUAAUCGGUGGUUUUAUUUAAACUACACCAUACAGUUCACUUCUAUUUGAAUGGUAGAGUACAAUCAUAUUGCUGCGUUUGAGCAAACUGUGUAAAAUUACAAAUAUUGCAAAAGACUAGAAUACAGUUUUUACAGUUUGUUCAAAAUCUA